AUGGGGAAUCAGCCGUCCAAGGACAAGGGCUCCAAGGACGGACCCGAUGACUUCAAGUCGUAUCCCUCUUUCUCUCGCUCCGACACCCGAGAGUCCACCCGGUCGUUCCGGUCUCUGCGAUCCAAGAUCCCUGGCGCCGGAAGGUCCGGCAGCAUUAGCACCGACAGUCCCAGGGCGUCCAUCUCUGCGGCGAGCGGCAAUGGAAAUGGAAACGGAGACGAUUCGAAAUCCGACGCAGCCUCGGUAAAGUCGGGCAAGAGUAGCCGCUCCGUCACGUCCCGCGCCAGCCGAACCGACUCCUUUGCCAGCCCGUCCCAGUCGGCCGUCGCCGAGCUCGACUCGCCCAUCGACGACGACCAGCCGCCCCCGUCCCCCGUCCACCAUACCAGCUCCAAUGGCCUGCACGACGUCAGUGCCGCCCAGGCGUCCGGCGAGGUCGACCACGUGUCCGACCAACCGCCCUGCGCCAGCGCCAGCCUGAACACCCAUCUGCAGGCGCCUGGGAGGUCGAUUCUCGUCGAGACGGGCGCUGCCAUUCCCGUCCUCGAGCUGCCGUCGGUCGAAAAGGACAAUGCCGACGAGAACCCGGGCAUGGGUGACAUCAACGAUAUCGAUCUGGACGACUUCAUCAAACGGCUUCUGGACGCCGCGUACGCCGGCAAGGUGACCAAGGGCGUCUGUCUCAAGAAUGCCGAAAUCACCGCCAUCUGCCAGCGCGCGCGGGAGGUCUUCCUGACCCAGCCUUCCCUCCUCGAGCUCGACGCCCCCGUCAAGAUCGUCGGCGACGUCCACGGCCAGUACACGGACCUCAUCCGCAUGUUCGAGAUGUGCGGCUUCCCGCCCUCGUCCAACUACCUGUUCCUGGGCGACUACGUCGACCGGGGCAAGCAGUCGCUCGAGACGAUCCUCCUGCUGCUCUGCUACAAGCUCAAGUUCCCGCACAACUUCUUCCUGCUCCGCGGGAACCACGAGUGCGCCAACGUGACGCGCGUCUACGGGUUCUACGACGAAUGCAAGCGGCGCUGCAACGUCAAGAUCUGGAAGACGUUCAUCGACUGCUUCAACACGCUCCCCAUCGCCGCCAUCGUGGCGGGUAAGAUCUUCUGCGUGCAUGGCGGCCUUUCGCCGGCGCUGAACCACAUGGACGACAUUCGCGGCAUUGCCCGGCCCACCGACAUUCCCGAUUACGGUCUCCUGAACGACCUGGUGUGGGCCGAUCCGGCCGAGAUGGAGAGCGACUGGGAGGCGAACGAGCGAGGCGUCAGUUACUGCUUUGGCAAGAAUGUCAUAGAGGACUUUCUGGCCAAGCACGACUUUGACCUGAUCUGCCGGGCACACAUGGUGGUGGAGGACGGCUACGAGUUUUUUACCGAUCGGCUGUUGGUGACGGUCUUUAGUGCGCCCAAUUACUGCGGUGAAUUUGACAACUGGGGCGCCGUUAUGUCUGUCUCGUCCGAGUUGCUCUGCAGCUUUGAGCUCUUGAAGCCUCUCGACUCGAGUGCACUGAAGAGCCACAUCAAGAAAGGACGGAACAAGAGGCAGAGCAUGCUGAACAGUCCGCCCGCCCGUAUUCUACCCCAGAGCAUGUAA